AUGUCAUUGCGUCGAAACGUCCGCGAUGCCAUUACGAAGAUCUGUUCCAAGUUCACCGACGACUACUGGGCGAAAUUGGACCAGACAAAGCUUUUUCCAACGGAACUGCAUGCUACCCUCGCUCGGGAAGGUUGGCUCGGUAUAUGCAUCCCGCAAGCAGAUGGAGGAUCGGAGCUGGGUAUCGCGGAAGCCGCCGUUAUGAUGCAGACGAUAUCAGAGUCCGGGGGUGGAAUGACGGCCGCUUCUUCAGUGCAUAUGAAUAUCUUCGGGCUUGAACCGGUUGUCAAAUUUGGAACAGAGGAGCAGCGGAAGCGAUGGCUGUUGCCCCUUAUUGCAGGAAAGGAAAGGGCCUGCUUUGGUGUGACGGAGCCGAACACGGGGCUUGAUACAUUGAAGCUGCAGUCGCUUGCCAAACGGGACGGGGAUCAUUAUGCCUUGUCCGGGCAGAAGAUCUGGAUUUCGACGGCUCAGAAUGCUCAGAAGAUCUUGAUUCUUGUGCGGACUACUCCCCGUGAUCAGGUGCAGAAGCCUUCCCAGGGCCUUUCGCUUUUUUACACCGAUCUUAAACGUGAAGAUGUGCAUAUCAAGGAGAUCAAGAAGAUGGGGCGACACGCGGUUGACACGAACGAACUAUUCUUCGAAAACUGGAGAGUGCCCGCGGCGGAUCUGAUCGGUAAGGAGAGCGAAGGCUUCAAGAUGAUCAUGCAUGGGAUGAACGCAGAACGCAUUCUCAUCGGCGCAGAAGCCCUCGGUUUGGGAUUUGCGGCUCUCCGUAAAGCCGCCAUCUACGCUCGCGAUAGAGAAGUCUCGAUUGGAAAGACCCAAGGAAUACAACACCCGCUGUCUGAUAGCUGGAUGAAGUUGGAGGCCGCAAGGUUGAUGAUAUACCAUGCCGCGAGAAUGUAUGAUCAGGGUUACACAGACGGCGACUACUCGAAUUCUGCAAAGUAUCUGGCGGCGGAGGCAGCCUUCGAGGCGUGCGAACGUGCUGUGCUCUCCCAUGGAGUAAUUGGUUACGGCGCCGAGUUUCAUGUUGAGCGGUAUCUCAGGGAGGUUUUUAUUCCUCGGAUUGCACCAGUAAGCCCGGAAAUGAUCUUGAACUAUAUCGGUGAACGCGUCCUCGGUCUCCCUAGGUCAUACUAG